AUGAUGGUGGUUGGAGAAAGACUUGAAUUAAGCUUUGGAAGUCAGCAAAACUAUACACAACCUCUUAGAGAUCUGCUACGUGUGACUUUUAUUCAAAACAAGGUUGUUGCUUGCAACGAACAACAAGGAGAAGAAGCCGAUCGAAAAGACAAUAACAGGAAACGCUAUGUGUGGGUUAUUCAGUCAAUGUAUAACAGUCUCUUAGGCCCUAUUUACUUUAAAAUAGCCUUUAAGACUCUUAUUACUAAGAGGCUAAGAAUAGAUACUUUUAAUCUUAUAAGAAAACUAAAGACUAAUAUAAAAGUUAAUAAUAAAUUAAUAAGAAAACUAAGAUUAAAGAGUUCUUAA